AUGACCGAAAACGAAAAACAACUUUCUUCUUCAUCGGAACACUCAUCGGCGCAUCUUGAGGUGGAAGACGAUUCUUCAUCAUCAUCAACCACACUCUCAUUAACAUCAAAUCCAUACAAUGGAUCCAAGCUCUUCCGAUACGUGAUGGAUUAUUUGAACGAAAUAAAAAACAAGCCACAAGAUUUAGUGUUGGAAUGCGAAGAGAUAUCUUUGAAAGUACUGGAUAAUGAUAAUGGAUUUAAAUAUGUGAUGCGAAAGAUGGAUGGAAAAGAGGAGUUGGAGGAAGCGUUUUUUGUGGAGUAUUUGGAAAAGUAUUGUCAUGAAUAUCAUCAAUUUUUGUUUGAUCCAGAACAGUCGUCAUUGAAUGAUGUAGAAACUUCUUUGUCAACAACGACUGAACAUAUUAUUGAAAUGCAGUCAUCUACCCUAAUUGAAGAUGUCACGGAAGAAGAAACGAAUUUGCAACAUUCAAACAAUUCUAAUUCGGAUUGA